AUGCUUGAAGAAAUGCACCCUGGAGUGUGUGGGACGCACAUGAAUGGGUUUACAUUAGCAAAGAAAAUCUUAAGGGCGGGAUACUUCUGGAUGACUAUGGAAAAUGAUUGUGGCCGAUUUGUCCAAAAAUGUCAUAAAUGCCAGGUACACGGAGAUCUGAUCAAAGUACCACCCCACAAGCUCAAUGCGAUGAGUUCCAGUUGGCCAUUUGCAGCUUGGGGCAUGGAUGUUAUUGGACCAACUGAGCCUGCUGCCUCAAAUGGUCAUACGUUCAUUUUGGUUGCCAUUAAUUAUUUCACAAAGUGGGUCGAAGUUGUUUCCUACAAAGCUGUGACAAAGAAAGUUGUGGCCGAUUUUGUUGGCAGCAAUUUGAUAUGUCGUUUUGGAGUUCCAGAGUCUAUCAUCACAGACAAUGGAGCAAAUCUGAAUAGUCAUUUAAUGAAAGAGAUAUGUGAACAAUUCAAAAUUACCCACCGCAAUUCAACUGCAUAUCGCCCUCAGAUGAAUGUAGCUGUGGAAGCUGCUAAUAAGAACAUCAAGAGGAUACUGAGAAAGAUGAUUGACAACUACAAAUUAUACGGAACAGAAGAAGUGAUACCAACUGAAGUUGAGAUACCAUCUUUAAGGAUUAUUCAAGAAGUUGGAUUGAGCGAUGCCGAAUGGAUUUGUGAUCGAUAUGAGCAAUUGACAUUGAUUGAUGAGAAAAGAAUGAGUGUUGUUUGUCAUUGCCAGUUGUAUCAACAGAGAAUGACUCGCUCUUUCAACAAGAAAGUAAGAGUUCGAACAUUUGAUGUAGGCCAAUUGGUGUUGAAACGCAUUUUCCCUCAUCAAGAGGAAUAUAAAGGGAAAUUUGCACCUAACUGGCAAAGACCAUAUGUUGUCCACAAAGUACUAUCAAGAGGACCUUUGGUUCUAGCAGAGAUGGAUGGGUAUAAUAAGAUCAUCAAAGGAGCUAUAUUUAUCAACCAACUAGUUCAGGAGAACAUGUCCAGCAAAUAUCAAUUAGUGAGUGUAACAUCUUCGUUUGAUCAAAGAGGUAUUUGA